AUGGUCUUGCUUGACGAGGUUGGUAUUGAAAAGGUUUGCUAUGAGGUCGUGACUAAACCGCCACCACACAUCCGGUUGGAGUCAAACGAGCAGUUUGUGUAUUUCAAGCACGUCAGGUAUCACACAGCACAAGGUAUAGCUGCUGUACUAAGUCAUCCGAAGUCUCUUCAAUUCGACACUUUGAGCGAUCGAGUGCAAAAUCAGCAUCAGUUCGAACUGCCACAACACCGGGCGGCUUUGGUGAUCCAUGGUCAUCAGUCUCACAAGAACCAUCCUUAUCAGACGUUAUUGGCCUCAAGACUGAGUGAAAUGGGCAUUUUUGUGAUCCGAAUAGAUUUCAGAGGGCUGGGAGACUCCGAGGACGUGAAAGAUCCCGACGUGGGACGCACUAUAUCGCAAGAUCUGGAGGAUAUAGAUACUAUUUAUGAAUUUCUAUCUUCGCCCCGGCUAUGUAAGGAACUGUGUGGGUUCCAAUUGAGCUUGGACUCGAUCAUUGCGCAUUCUCGAGGGGUUGUAUCGAUGUUUGAAUAUGCCAGAGCCAAUCCCGAUAAAUACAUCCCGAACUUGGUCAAUUGCGCCGGUCGAUUUGAUGGCCAGGGUUUGUUAGAUAAGCGGUUGAAAGCUUCGCCGGAAUGGCGCAAGGAAGGAGGUUUCUGGUGCGACAUGCCACGCUUUGGUGCUUUUGAAAGGACAUGGAUACCAUGCUCCGAAACUAUGAGCGCUGUCAACGUUGACACAUCUGCAUUCAAAAGUAUUGACGCGAGAACCUGGAUCCUCUCUUGUUAUGGAGCUAACGAUGAAAUUAUCCCAUUGGAUGCGGCGGCUAAUUAUUCCAAUUUGUUCGGCGGUCGCCAUACGUUGCACAUCAUCAAUGGAGCAAAUCAUAAUUUCCUUGGGUUGCCUGGCGAUUUCAACGAAACUCAAUUGCCUUUGCGCAAAGGAAGAGUCAAUUACGGUUACAGAGUAGUUGAGCUGAUCGCUGAUCAUCUGUCUCGUGAAAGACAGUUGGACAGAUUCUACCAGCUGACGUCGCAAAUACGUGGAACCACUUCGAACCCGGCAGAUAUCAUUGCUCGCUGGCCAUUACCUCACGACUUCUCCAAGGUAUCGAACUUCAGAGAUCUCGGCGGUUACCAAACUAUGUUUAAUAACAGGAGAAUCAAGACUGGCUGCCUGUAUAGGUGUGCAAACCCAUGCGAUAUCACGGAAGAGGCACAGGAUUAUCUAAUGUCGACUUUGCACGUUACUCGUAUCUUCGAUUUGAGAGCCGUUGGAGAGGCUGCCGACAACGGCAUCUUCCCCGACACCAAUUUGGUCCAAAACCUUGCUUUUAAUAAGAACACGAGUUUGUCGCCAGAUGACAUGGCGGAACACUACCAAGGAUUGUUGAUCUCUUCAUAUAGUUUCCCCAAGGCAUACAUGAUUGUCCUGAAGAACUCGACAAAUGCGAUCAAGAAAUUCUUCCGCUACAUCUUGGAAGGGAACUGCCAUCCAAAUAGCUCUCUCGUCUUUCAUUGUACUGCUGGUAAGGAUAGAACGGGCAUCCUUGGCAUGCUCUUGCUGUCAAUUCUUGGUGUGGAUGAAGACACGAUAUCCAAAGAAUAUGAACUGACUACUAUCGGACUCAAAACCGAAGUAAAGUUGAUCAAGAAAUUGCAAGCCCGGGGCGAUCUGUACUACUCCAUGCUGGGUAAAGACUGCGAGAAGCUCACACAGAUAUACCAGCUGACACCAGAGAAAAUGUCGAAGACAUUACUGUCGUCUAGCUACGAAGCAAUGAGAUUCUUCAUAGAUGAGUUUAACGCUGAGUUUCACUCAAUCGAGCAGUACUUCAUGAAUGUACUGCAAUUCUCCACGCAUGACAUUGGUAAACUACGGGAUCUUCUUCUAGAGUAA